GGGGAGUGGAGGUGAAGCUUGUUCUGCUGCUGAGUUCAACAGACUGUGUGCAGGUCAGAGGGAGAUGGACAGCUGUGUGGCUCUCAUUUUUCUGUCCAUGAUCCCACUCACCACAGCUGAAAUAGUAAAGCUGGUUGAUGGUGGCCGUCGCUGUGCUGGAAGAGUCGAUAUGUUUUACAUAGGACAGUGGCUUACAGUGUGUGAUGAUUACUUGGAUAUAAGAGGUGCUGCAGUGGUGUGUAGAGAGCUGGGCUGUGGAGAGGUUUUAGAUGUACUGAGUGAUGCUCACUUUGGACCAGGACCAGAAACAAUGUGGAGCUAUACAAGGGCGUGUAACGGAUCAGAGUCUACAGUGAACAAAUGUGGAGCCAGAGAUUUCGAAGAGAAAGAGCGUAUCUGUGAUACUACUGAAGGUGCUGGAAUGAUCUGUUCAGAAGUCAGGCUGGUUGGUGGUUCUCGUUGCUCUGGGAGAGUGGAGGUGCUUCAUGGAGAGACCUGGUCCACAGUGUGUGACGCUGACUUUGACCAGCAGGAUGCAGAGGUUGUGUGUCGAGAGCUGGGCUGUGGG